AUGAUCUUCUACGCAAUAGUCGUGUUUAGUUUUAGAGUUGUGAAUGGUGAAAAAUUUCCUGAUGGAUUCAAAUUUGGUGCAGCAACUUCGGCUUAUCAAAUCGAAGGCGCGAGAAAUGUGUCGGACAAUGGAGCAAAUAUAUGGGACACUUACACUCACAAUCACCCGGAGCUUAUAGUCGAUGGAGCCACUGGUGAUAUUGCUUGUGACUCCUACCAUCUGUGGAUGAAGGAUAUUGAUAUUGCUGAACAGCUGGGUUUGGAUUUCUACCGGUUCUCGAUAUCCUGGAGUAGAAUUCUACCCACAGGUCUAACUAACAAAGUGAGCGACGAUGGGGUCGAGUACUACAACAAAAUUAUAAAUGAGUUACUCAGGCGAAACAUAGAACCAUUGGUUACAAUGUAUCAUUUUGACUUACCACAAACGUUACAAGAUCUUGGUGGUUGGACUAAUCCUCUAAUAGUUGAGUGGUUUGAAGAUUACGCUCGAGUUCUCUUUGAUUUAUACGCUGACAGAGUGAGAACCUGGGUAACUGUCAAUGAACCUUUGAUUAUGUGUGAUUACAUCUACACCAGCGGAACCAUGGCGCCUGGUAUUUUGGAGCCAACUUUCGCCCCAUAUCUUUGUAACAAGUAUGUAUUGUUAGCUCAUGCUACGGCUUGGAGGUUAUACGAUAACGAAUAUAAACCAAGAUAUAACGGUAAAUUGUCUAUUGCUAAUAACCCAGUGUGGAUCGAACCGAGCGAACCACAACUCAAGGACUUGGCCGAGCUGGGUCGACAAUUUGGAGCUGGCCGCUACUCUCAUCCAAUCUAUUCAAGGACUGGUGGCUGGCCGCCUUCUGUAGAGAAGUACAUGGAAAAACUAAGUAAAAAGGAAGGUUAUUCGAAAUCUAGAUUACCAGAAUUUACAUACGAAGAGAUUAAACUUAUUAGAGGCACGUACGACUACUACGCUCUGAACCACUAUACAAGCCGACUUAUACGUCCAACUAAACCAGGCGAAACGGCAGGUCCCUGGAUCUUCUAUGGCUCCUCAGACCUCGAUGCCGUGUUAGAGACAUCACCAUGGUGGCCUCCCACCGCCGCCACUGAAGUUGUAAUGUAUCCUAAAGGCAUUCGACGACAGCUGGAGUGGUUGCAACAACAAUAUGGAAAUAUAAGUUUCCUUAUAACGGAGAAUGGUUGCGCUAGUGGUACGACAGGACAGUACGAUUUUGAUCGCAUUUUUUACAUGGGAUCUUAUCUGAAGGAGAUUCUUAACGCUAUUAGAAAAGGAAUAAAAGUGGAGGGUUACACGGCUUGGUCACUUAUGGACAAUUUCGAGUGGUUGGAAGGAUACAGGACAAGUUAUGGUUUAUACCAAGUUGACUUUGAAAAUCCCAUGCGCAAGCGUACUCCUCGAAAUUCCGCUGGAUUUUACGCCGACGUUAUUAAAUCAAGAAGAAUAAACUUCUUUUUCAAUGCGACACAGAUAAACAGAAAGGAUUUAAUAUUUAACCACAGGUUUAUGAAAAUGAUUAAUCAAUCAUCGAGUAGCCCUCCUCUAUAUAAUAUUGACAUAUUUAAUUUUAGACCUUUAAAUAUAACGUCAGAUUAGAUAAAACAAUUUAAGUAACCCUUUUCGUUUACUUUAGAUAUCAAUUAUCAAAGCUUGACACAAUAUCACUUUUCGACAGGCAUGACCUACAUGUUUGCACUAAAGCCCUGUCACGUGACCGUUUUUAUAGCAUGCAGGCUCUGUAACUAAAGAUAAUUAAUGUGAAUAAUAAGUUACUUUAAUAGGCUGUUUGACAGUAAAAACAACUCUCUACUCUGUAUAAUAUGUAGCCUUAAACGCCUUAUGCAGUAAAAUACCUUGUAAAUAUUCAUUAUUUAUAAAAAAAAUGCGAUAUUAAAAAAAAAUAAGUUUAUACGUCGGUCACGUGACACAAAACGGAAACUGAUUAGUCGAAUCGACGAUGACGUAGCCAGGGGCUUAAAAUAAGUGAUUAGAUUUUAAAAACAUCGGUGCUUCUUGUAUAAUGUGAGAAUAUAGACAGAAUAUAACAAUAAAAUAAUUUAAUGGUUUUAAAAUAUUUUUUUGCAUUUGCAUGCGAGCUUUAUGUAUGAUUGUGCGUCGUUUGAAUUCAUCCAGAAAAUGUACAUACCAUGUUUUUGAUAACACGAGAACCCGCCAAGCGUUCGCGAAUAUUAAAUUUUAAUACAUAAUCUGGUUAAAUUAAAGAUUGCAACCUGGAAACAUUUUCACCAUUUAUAUUAUUUCAUUAUAUAUACAUAUUUGAUUAUGUUAUUAUUAUUAUUAUUAACAUACAUUUAUAGAUAUUUUAAUUUCAUUUCUGCAAAUAUUCUGAAUCUAUGUUGUUUUAUUGCUCUAUGUUUCGAAUGUUAGUGGUAAAAUGUCAAUAUUUCAAUUUUCUUCUAAUUUGUUGAUGUGAACUGUAAAGUGGGAACUGGGAAGUGGAAACGCCCUAUUCGGCGGGAAUGAUUAAGUAUGAACUGUGAAAACUUAACUUUGUAGAAAGUUAGUAAUUAGCCCCAUUUCAUUCUGCUUAUCAAAUACCAGGAUAAUUGGUAAAUCGCUGAAUACUGUUAAUGUAAUUGGGCGGUGAAGCGGCGAAUAAAUAAAAAUACUUGUACAUGAUAAUAUAGUGUGCUUACUGAUAAAUCCGAUAUCCCUUUACAGUUCUUUGGAACAGUGACUCCUAUGUAUAGUGACUAAUGCCACUAUGUCAGAGGCUUCAGGAAGUAUAGAGCCUGAGGGUUUGAUAUCUUCACUUAUAGCUCAACUAAAAAUAACAAAAAUUCCUGAAACACCAACAACAGACCAAGAUUUUAUCAUCAAUCAGCAACAAAAUGCAUCAAUUGAUGUGCCCGAAGUAAAUGAAAUUUUUGAGAAUAUAGUAAGUUCUAUAAGUACAUCAAAUAAAAAGGUGUUCAAAAAAAACCUUAACUUUUUACAUGUUAUUGAUAAAGCAGUAAUAGAGGAUCAUUUGGAUACCAAGAACAUAGAUUUAUUCUCUUUACUUAGUAAACACUCUCAAUUAGAGAUGUUAGAAUAUCUCAUAGAGCAAAGAGAAAUCUUGCCAUACCUAAUUCCAUUGGAUAAAAAAAAGGAAGAAAUAAGUAUAAAAACCACAUUUUUGAACUGUAUCCGCAACUGUAAUUCAGCAAUGCUUGAAAGGUAUUAUGACUAUUUAGCUGGGGAUCUUCACUGGGUUAUAAAUAAGACCAGUAGUAAAAAUGAUUUUCAUAAUUUGAAAAAUAUUUUAAGUUUGUUAAAAGAAGCAUGCACUGAAUACAAUGAUAUUUUAAAUAACAAUAAUCGAGAACAAGGGAGAAAAACAUUAAACCCACAAAUGAUUGUAGAUGUUUUGUGUAUAAUAUCUUUUAAUGAAUUUCAAAUAGAGUUAUAUGGAAAAUUAAAUAAAGUAAAACUUGAAAUGGAGCAAUGGCAACCUGUCAUUGACAAAGACAAUGCCAUCCGAGAGAUUAAAGUCCUUAUAGACAUUCUAGAUAUAACAAUUAGCUUACAUGCUGACUACUCCAGGAAUAAAAUUAAUGAAAGGUUUCCUGCUCUAUUAUUGCUUGAAGACGAUGAUAAUUUUACAGUGUAUCGGAUAGCACAAAAAGUUUUUAUGUUUAGAAAAUUUUUGUGGAAAACAGAUUACAAUGUGUGUCUUCUCAUUUUGGAUAACUUGUAUCUGUUAAAAGAAAGACUAAAAAUACCUGGAACCAUUUAUCAGGAAUUAGAAUCGCAACUUUACUACUUUAUUUAUAAUUGUAAAAGUAAAUGGUCCUUCUAUUUAUCUAAAACCCAAACGGUAGAAGUUGAUAAUCUUGUUGCAGAACAUAACGGUGUAUUGCAUAUUUUUAAUACUCCUUUUGAUAUGGAUAUAGGAGCAUUAUGGACAUUUUUGAUUAUUUAUUUGGAGAGGCAAGAUUUUCUUGAUAAACUUUGUAAUUUUAAAGAACAGUUAAAAGUACCUAUCCUACCAGAAAACAUAAAACUUAACAAAUCAGAAAUGUCGCAAGAAGAGCAGCAGUCUUUAAUUCCUAUACCAGAAAUGAGAGACGAUUUCUCUUUAAGAAAGAUGUAUAGAACUCUCGAAGAACUGCCAAGUGCUGAAGAUGUGAAGCUGAAAACGGAAUGGGCACAAUUGAUUGUGGAAAGAGUUCUCCAAGUAGUCGGUGAAUUCAUUAAAAGUACCAAGGAAAGCAAACACUUGGAGGCUACAACUCAAGCUCUGAUCCUAGCUGAAAUACCAUUACAUAUUGUAAAAUCUCUCAAAGCUAUUCGGCAGUUUUUAAGUAAAGCCGAUAAUUGCCAAAUACUGUGGAGGAUCGAGCUAUCAAAGCACGGACAAUCUGUGCUAGCAAAGGUUUUAAAUGAUUUAAAACACAUCAAAGACAUUAUUAAAAGACAAAUUAGUAUAAACCGGUAUCUUGUUAAUAGAUCUCUCAUAAAUGGUUGCCGAGGAACUGUGAUAAAACGCAGGGACUGUGUUAGGGAAAAAAUAGAGAAUGUUUUACCACAUCAUUUUGAAGCUGUAUCACAGGGCCUGGGAGUAUUUCUGCAAAAUCCUACAGAAUAUACAGGUAAUAUGCUUCUGGAAAAUUUCUAUAAGUCACACUGGAAACCCACUGGGUUGAGCGUGGAUCUCAUGAUGGAAGUUGCACAACUCCAACAUGAUUUAACUAUGCUUUUUAAUAAACACUGUCAAGUUCAACAAAGUAUAAUAGCAUUCGUUCAGAAAAAUUAUUCAUAUUACAAAAAUGUCAUACUUACGAUUUUAGACGAAAUAAUGUUUCAGAAAGAGAAUUGGAAAAACAUUAAGUUGGAAUGUCUAAAUAAUGUGGAUAUACAAUUUGAUUUAAUUUCAGAAUUUCCAAAUGAAUUAGAUGUAAACAGAAUUAGAACCAACAUAAAAUUAAACAACUGUAGUAACAAAAAAUUAACUGAUUUGUUAACGAAAGUUAUUGAAAUAAAAUCGUUGUGGGAUAUCAUUGAAAAUAUACUUGAUUUCAUUAUUAACAAGUGUAAAGUAUUAAAUGAUUCUGUAGUUGAAACUAAGUGGGGCAUAAUUUCUGAAUUUUACGCAAUUGUUUGUCGGACCACAUACACUAGUGACGAUAUGUCUCGAAAUGUUGAAAGGUUAUUUCAUUUUAUGGAACAAGCAGGGCUCAAAGAAGCAAAAUCCGUAGUAAGAAAUAAUUAUAAUUACGAAGGUAUACAAGAGUUGGAAGAAAUACUUCUAAUCAAUAAUUUUGUUACUGAAGAAGAAAUUCUGUAUAUAUCCAAAAACACGCCUGUAAGCCAACGGGAAAGUCUAAAUUUAUUAACCUUUGACAAAAGCAAAUUUAUUGUAGAAAUGAAACAUUAUGUUGAUGCAAUCGGAAGAUUGCAACCAUAUGACCCUAAAUCUGAAGAAAUCAUCAGAAAUAUUAAAAGCCGGGACAGUAAUCACUUAAAGUGUUACUUGAACCGAUUAAAAUCACUUAACUCACUGAUAAAUGGCCAGCCGAAAGAUUUGUUGAUUUUACGUUAUAAAUAUAUUGGGCAAUUCAAAAUUUGGUUAGAAAUGAUUUUAAUUGACAUUUUUAACAUUCUAAAAAUAUGUAAUCAAGAUGAUAAUAUACGUAAGGUCAAUAGGUUAUUGGCAGAAAUUAAUCUAAGGCACGUUUUAACUCAUGGUAGUCCUCUAUUGGAGGUUGUUGGUGAUUUUUUGGAUGCCAAUGAUGUACCUUCUGAACUGAUUUCGAAAGCCUUAGAAUUUAUCAAAGAUUUAGAAUCUGUAGAAGCGUUGUACACGUUGAAAGAAUCUAAAUUUGAUUUUAACUUAAUACAUGAAAGUGAUGACCAAUUUGAUAAACAGAAUCUUGUGAAUUGUUUGAAGAAGUCCAAAAACUGGGAACAAUAUCUGUCACUUUUACCCGAGAACAAAGUCUAUAAAAAGCCUAAAACAAAGAAAAAGCAAAAGAAGAAACCCUGCUUGCCUCAAUCUGAAUUAAUAACCGCUAUAAAGGAUAAUGCAAAUGAUAAGAUCAAGGAAUUAAUAAAUAUUGUCGAUUUGGAUGCAAAAGAUCAAAAUGGUAAAGCUGCCGUCCACCAUGCAGCAAUUGCGAAUAAUAUUGAAGUUCUCACAUUAUUAAAAGAAAAUAAGGCAGACCUCGAUAUAACAAACCAAAAGGAUAACGAUCGCACUGCCCUACAUUAUGCAGCGAUAAAAGGAAAUAGAGUUGCAGUGGACUUUUUGUUGAAAUCUGGUGCUAUAGUACAGAAGGACGCAAAUGGCGAUACUUUUAAAGAUAUUGAAGCCAUGAAAAUUGAAAUAUCAGAUGAAAGGAAUCAAUUUAAAAAUGAUAUGGACAACCUUCUUUCUGAUUUUGAAAGCUUUGGUUUAAAUGUACUGGGAGAUGAGACUGAUGACAAUGUAAUGAAUAUAUGAAUCAUCAUAUAUUUUUUAAUAUAAUGUAAUCUUAAUAAUAUGAUAUAAUCAUUGUUUUAUAGUCUAGAAUAAAUUGUUAUAUUAUGUAUGUGUGAUAAGCAUUUUGUACCAAAGAAAAACAUGCAUAACUUUUACAACGAUUAAAUUUUACAUAAGAAUUUGUAUUUAUAAUAAAACUAUUAUCACAUCAGAAAAUUUAACUGUAUGUAGGU